AUGAGUUCUCACCUUUUGAUAGUCAACUCAGAUUCUGAACAACUGGCAGUCGCCGGUGCUAUUAAAAGAACCUCUACUAUGUGGAUUGGCUUGCACAGGGACAACAGCAAUAAGAACCAAUGGAUUUGGGUCGAUGGACAGAAGGUUACUUACUCCAACUGGGGUGUUGGAGAACCUAAUAACAUUAAUGAGGAGUGUGUAGUGAUGAACACGUCUCCUUUCGGAAAGUGGUACGACGACCGAUGUUCAGAACGCCGCCCUUUCAUUUGCGAAAAAGAAGGUACGUCAGAGAAUUUAUGCUUGUACGAAUCUUCAGCCUCUGCUAAAGGCCACUUAACCUUUUUUUGGGUUAAAUUUUAUCUUUGGCGCAAAGGUUUUUUUUUUCAAGUCUUAUUUUUUUUUUUUUUUGUUAUGAAUAAAAUUCAACCACGUCAUUUAUAUCUACAAAUAAACAAUAGGAGUUUUAAGGUACACGAUCACAAUACUGGCUGUCGAAAAAGGAAACUGUGAGGUAGGGUUUGGCAACGAACGAAUAGUACUUUUGAAUCAAAUAUAAGGUCAUCCAUCAGGUCACUUUUUAGUUGUAGUGUUUUUCAGAGAGGUUUAAACAAGAUAAUUUGACAGUUUCCUUGUGGUCAUAUCUUAAACUUAUAAACCAGAGCAAUAAUAAAGGAUUAAUAAAACAGUAUGGAAUUGUUGUAUGUGUAAACCUGACAUUUAAACUAUUGAAGCCGAGCAGUGAAAGAUAGUCAAAUAUAUGGCCGAUUGCUUGUCAUUAGUAACCAAAUUGUUCUGUUUCUUAAGUUUUGGACAAGUGUUCUUCGUCCAAUAAUGGCGGCUGCAGUCACAAGUGUGUUAACACUUCAGAAGGCUACAUAUGUGAAUGUCCGGACCCCGAGCUAAUCUUAUCGUCGGAUAAUCGGACGUGCUAUGGUAAGCAACCGUUGCUAAUGUAA